AUGUAUCGAGAGCUGUUGAAACAAUCAAAUGGGACGGUUUAUUGCGAAAUAUGGCCGUGUGAUCGAGAAUGCGGAAAAUUUCAUCGCAGAUUUCUAACAACUACAAGUAAGUUAUUUCAUUUUUCACACAUAAAUAUAGCGCAAAAUUACUUUACAGAACUUCGAAAUCGAUCAAAUGAAAUAGAACAAGGUAAUAAACAUUUGGAAAAUAUCAAAUCAAGCAAAUAUAUUUCAGAGGACAACAAGCAAAAUAAAGAGAAUGCGUCCAUAUUUGAGGAAAUAAUGUUGAUGGCCGCAAAAAAGGUAAACACACAAACGAACGGCUAACCAACAAAAAAAUAAAUGAAAUAGUGUGAGCGAACGAAGAGACGCGAGAGACACGCUUGGCCACUAGAAGGGACGCUUGCGAAGACCUUGUGGGCCGAAAAAAUCGAUGAUCCUUUAAACAGGCAUGGGAGUUGAAAAGAAAGGGGGAGGGAAGAGAAAAAAGAAUAAAAAAAGAUGGGUAAAGAAAAAGAGAGAGUUUAUGUCCGAAUUAAUGAGAAGAUUCAAUUUUUUUGUGUUUUUUCUUAUUAAGUUUUUUUGUUGAAGGGAUUUUGAAUAGAUACAACAUGUAAUUAUUUUUUAAAGCACUAUUCAAUGAAAAAUAGUAAAAUUUAGGUGAAAGGGGAUAGAAUUUUUCAACAAAAAUUGAAGAAUGAAUAAUUAUUUUGAUAAUUUAAAAAAACUGGGUUUCCGAUGGCUUUUCUAUAUUGAAAAAUUGUUCUCUUAACAAAAAUUUUUUAGGGUAUGUGCUAAAAAUUUUGCGUUUGAAGGAUGAUUGAAUUAUUUGAAAGUUUUUGUUAAUGAUCAAAAAUUGUUCAAGUGGUUUCACAUUUCGCAGGAUUCAUUGAAGAAUCAUGAUAAUUCUUUAUAGGAAAAGCUAGGGAUACCAAAACAAUAUGAAAAUGGUAAUUUACUCUAGUUUGAAGAUGUGGUGUGUUUAUUUUUUCUUAAGCGUUUAUACCAAGUGUUGUUGAAAACCUAACACCUACUGAAGUUUCAGAAUUCUAAUGUAAGAAAUUAUUUUUUCGUCCUCAAACAUCAACAUCUUUAUGAACAAUUCUACUAAUUAUCCCAGUUCGAAUACUUUGUAGUUUAUAUGACUACCAAUUUGUUGGCCUCUAAUUGCAGCAGACAUUUUCCAUAAAUGUCAUUUUUUGAUAAAUCAUCCUAGUACUUUCCAAAAAUAAUUAUUAUGAAACCCCCGUAUUAGUGAAUACAAUAAAGUUUGAUAUUUUCAUGUCACAGACCACAAAUUUGUCCAAUAUUGUAGUGCGAAAUAUUACAUGUUUCUGUUUCAGGAUUCGCAAGCAUUUGAGAGUGUUCUCCCACCACUUCCAAAAGGAAUUGAAGAUGUUCGAGGAGUAAAAAGUAUGUUACAUGAACAUUAGAAAAUUAAGAAACCAUACAUUUUUGAUAGGAAUUGCUCAUCAAACAUCAAAAGAAAUCGACACAACAAUGAUAUAUUUUGAUAAUCCAGUUUGGGAUGACGCAAAAUUCCGAGAUGAACUUUUCGAUUCAGAUGAUGAUUAUGUUCUAGCUGAUCCCCCCUCUAAUCUUACUGAUGACGAUGAUCAUAUUGAUAAUAUUUUGAAGUUAGUUGAACUUAUCAAAAAUCAUUUUUGAAGCAAUUUCUUUAUCUUAUACAGGAAUAACAAGCACGAGACAUUCUCAAAUCCCUUGACACAUUUUCGAAAAGAUGAGACAAUUUUAGAUAGUGAUGAGGAUUACGGUAAUUCUUCAAAACAUACUAUCUACCUUAUUCAAAUAUUUUUGCAGAUUUUUCCAACGUCGAUUUGAGUCGAAAACUCAACAAGCCAGAAGAUGAUCUGUAUUACAAUUAUCCAAAAAUUAUGAUUGAAAGUCCACCGGAAUAUGAAAAAAGCCUUUAA